GCAGGGAGCAAACACAGAUGAACAGACCUGCCAGGGAGCCUUCAGCACCACCAUACCCAGGAAACAUAGUCAGGCCUAAGAAGAAAAAAGUGAAGCAGCAAACAUUUUCACAGACAGAAGACAGUAGAGAAGUGGCAGGAUAUCUGAGCAUUGACUGCUCUGCAGACUAUCCAACAAGAACAACCAAAAUCAAGGAGGAGCCCAAGUCACCACUUGCAACCCCACAACCAUCUUUCCAAAGAGCCACCAGCGUUCAGCAGCAGGAGGUUCCCCUGGAAGCAGCAGUGAUGCUCAAAAAUCAAGAGAGGAAGGAUCAAACACAGAAUUCACCAGGACCAGCAAAGACAAGCAGCAGUAACAGCUCUGCAGCAACGUUCAGAGAGGAUGAAUACGAAUCAGCAGCUUCUGCACAACGCUCCACCCAAAGAGCCAAUAACUCAAAGUCAGACCAUCAACUUUACGAGUUCCCCACCCUUCCACAGGUGACUGCACCUGCCAGGGAGCCUUCAGCACCGCCAUACCCAGGAAAUGUAAUCCAAUCUAAGGAGGAACAAAUAAAGCAACAACCAUUAUCACAUGCAGUAGACUGUAAUGCAAUUACAGGAUAUAUAAACAUUGACCCAUCUGCAGACUAUGCAACAACAGCAGCCAAAAUCAAGGAGAAGCCAAAAUCACCACCCCCAACCUCACAACCAUCUUUCCAAAGAGCCACCAGUGACCAGCAGCAGGAAUUCUCUACGGGUUUGAAGGUUAGAAGAUCUGUCGGAGAACAUCCAAGUACUCGAGAACCGGAAACAGCAGAGCUGCUAGAAAAGAAAGAGAUGAAGGAUCAGAGACAGAUGAUGAGUCCAGCAACCACAAACCCAGCACCAGCAGGCCGAGCUGAGGAAAAUCACACGCAGAAUCAAAGAUUUUCACAGGCAAGCAAAUCAGCCAGAGACCACCCGACAGCACCACCUCCGGUCCCGCCGAAGAAGAAGCAUUCGGCUUUAUUCAAGGAAAGGCUGGAGAGAUUCAAAGCUGAAUUACAGCCACAACUUCAGAUGACAGAGGGGAAGAACUGUGAAGUCCGAGCCUGCAGACCAGAGAACGUUUCAGAUGUAAUGAGUGCAAACACACAAACAAGUCCUGCAGCAGUGGACGUCUCACCGAAGGACAAUCCAACACAGUUGGAUCACGCUGCAGAGGCUGAGCUCUCCACUGGUAUGAAGGUGAAGGAACUCGCCCGCAUGUUUUUAGCCAAGGAAACGCUGAUUUCAACAAAGGAGAAACACGGAGCCAACCAAAAACCAUCUCAGGUGAAACUGCUGGCUCAAAGGUUUUCAGUCAUUUCUGCCCAGGAAACAGCAGCCAAAGCAAAGGAGGAGCACGGGGAGGAGCAGAAACCCACACAGAUGGUGACAGAUUCAAAAAGCGAUCCCAUCGAAAUCAAUUCUGCAGCAGCGAAAGCAUCACUAACAGCGGAGAAGGAUCCCAAAUUAUUGUGUGAAAAUGCACCACUCUCAGAUUUCUCCUCUGGUUUGAAGGUGAAGGAUCUGGCCCGGAUGUUUUCAGCCAAUACAACACAGGAGAAAACAAUCGGACUAAAAGAGAAACGGAGAGAAGAACAGAAACCUGCAAACGGGGUGAAGCUGCUUAUCCAGAAGCUUUCAGCCGGGGAAACUAAAGAUCAUCAAAAAGAGAAAGACCCAGACACGAAGGAUCGAAACCACUCAAAGUGGAUAUAAGGCUGGAUCCGGGCACAGGGAAGCAAGUGAGAGCCAGAGAAGAGAAGCAGAAAGCUCCAGAGGCUUAGACGUAAUUCAGCAAUCUGCUUGGGCUCAGCAGCCUGAUCCAUGUGAAAUCUUACUGGGAGGUGGAGGUUAGCAACACGAGCAUCUGGGUGUAAUAAAAGCCAGCACAAGCCGUAAGGAGAACCUCUCACAAAACCCCAAAAAUGAUUCCUGGGUGAUCACAAAAAGAUGACAAAGUCUGCACAGUCCUCACAGAACCACCUGCUUCCUUUGCCCAAAGGAAAACCUCACAAACGUUGGAGUUUUUGUGGAUUACAAGGAAGGUUUUGUGUCAUUCUACGAACCACAGAGUGUUUGUUUACUGGGGAACU